AUGCGUCGUUGGCAAACCACACGUUACGUCAACGAACCGCACGUCGUCAGCGAACCACACGUCGUCAGCGCACCGCACGUCGUCAGCGAACCGCACGUCGUCAGCGAACCGCCCGUUAACACAGAGAACGGCACGUCGUCAGCGAACCGCACGUACGUCAACGACGUGCACGUCGUAACAAACCACACGUGCGUCAAAGAACUACACUUCGUUAUCAAACCGCUCAUCAGGACCGCUAGGAUGCCAUCGGCACAAUCCCAAUAUUUACAUGGAAAUUAUCGAAUAUUUUAUGGGAAAUGUAUGCUUUUCUAUGAAACAUCAAACCACAAACGGAAAAUACAUAAACGAAAUAGUCGGGGAAUGUCAAAGCGGUUUUAG